AUGUGUACCGUGUCUGUUCCUCAGUAUGAGUACUUCAACGCAGUGCUGAUUAACAAUGUGGAUGUUAACUCUGUUAACUCUAUAUGUACCGUGUCUGUUCCUCAGUAUGAGUACUUCAACGCAGUGCUGAUUAACAAUGUGGAUGUUAACUCUGUUAACUCUAUGUGUACCGUGUCUGUUCCUCAGUAUGAGUACUUCAACGCAGUGCUGAUUAACAAUGUGGAUGUUAACUCUGUUAACUCUAUGUGUACCGUGUCUGUUCCUCAGUAUGAGUACAUCAACGCAGUGCUGAUUAACAAUGUGGAUGUUAACUCUGUUAACUCUAUAUGUACCGUGUCUGUUCCUCAGUAUGAGUACUUCAACGCAGUGCUGAUUAACAAUGUGGAUGUUAACUCUGUUAACUCCAUGUGUACCGUGUCUGUUCCUCAGUAUGAGUACAUCAACGCAGUGCUGAUUAACAAUGUGGAUGUUAACUCUGUUAACUCUAUGUGUACCGUGUCUGUUCCUCAGUAUGAGUACUUCAACGCCGUUCUGAUUAACAAUGUGGAUGUUAACUCUGUUAACUCUAUGUGUACCGUGUCUGUUCCUCAGUAUGAGUACUUCAACGCAGUGCUGAUUAACAAUGUGGAUGUUAACUCUGUUAACUCUAUGUGUACCGUGUCUGUUCCUCAGUAUGAGUACUUAAACGCAGUGCUGAUUAACAAUGUGGACGUUAACUCUGUUAACUCUAUGUGUACCGUGUCUGUUCUUCAGUAUGAGUACUUCAACGCAGUGCUGAUUAACAAUGUGGAUGUUAACUCUGUUAACUCUAUGUGUACCGUGUCUGUUCCUCAGUAUGAGUACUUCAACGCAGUGCUGAUUAACAAUGUGGAUGUUAACUCUGUUAACUCUAUGUGUACCGUGUCUGUUCCUCAGUAUGAGUACUUCAACGCGGUGCUGAUUAACAAUGUGGAUGUUAACUCUGUUAACUCUAUGUGUACCGUGUCUGUUCCUCAGUAUGAGUACUUCAACGCGGUGCUGAUCAACGAGGUGGAUGAGGAGGGCAACAACGUGGAGCUGGGAGGAGAGUUUGUCCUGGAACCCAACGAACACUUCAACAACCUGUCAGUCAACCUCAGCCUCAGUGUGGUGCAGGUGCCCACCAACAUGUAUAACAAAGGUAGGGACAAUAUAGUGCAUAAUAGUUGAAGUGGGUGUAUGUGUGUGCAAAUAUGGAUAUGGAAAAGUAGGAGCGCCCCCAAAUGAGGUGUCAUAAGAGUUCAUGCCGGCAACUAAAUUGCCCUUCGGGGACAAUAAAAAUAUAUUGAAAUGUGUGAGAAGCAGAUUUGGGGUACAUUUCUUGUCAAUUUCCAAUUUUAAAAAGUGAAACGCGCCAUCUAUUAUGCAGUGGUGGAAAAGUAUUCAAUUGUCAUACUUAAGUAAAAGUAAAGAGACCUUAAUAGAAAAUGACUCAAGUAAAAGUGAAAGUCACCCAGUAAAAUACGACUUGAGUAAAAGUCUAAAAGUAUUUGGUUCUAAAUAUACUUAACUAUCAAAAGUAAAUGUAAUUGCUCAAAUAUACUUAAGUAGCAAAAGUAAAAGUAAAAGUAUAAAUCAUUUCAAAUUCCUUAUAUUAAGCAAAUCAGAUGGCACCAUUUUCUUGUUUUGAAAAUGUACGGAUAGCCAGGGGCACACUCCAACACUCAGACGUAAUUUACAAAAUAAGUAUUUGCGUUUAGUGAGUCCGCCAGAUCAGGGGCAGUAGGGAUGACCACGUGUUCUCUUUAUAAGUGUGUGAAUAGAGGAUGGGGGUAAGGGGGGGUAGAGGGUGGGGGUAGUGGGUGGGGGUAGAGGGUGGGGGUGGAAAGCGGGGGUAGAGGGUGGGGGUUGAGGGCGGAAGAGGGUGGGGGUAGAGAAGGGAUCCAUAAUGGCCCAAAGAUAGAGAGAGCAGUCACACUACAGGCCUUUCAAAGACAAUGGAGUGAGUGAGUGAGUGAGUGAGUGAGUGAGGAGAAGAGGGAAGGGAGAGGAGAGAGGAGAGAGGAAGUGAUGGGGUUGUUUCUCUUGAAGUGACUUAAUGUUCAGCUGUUAUUUGUUUUCUAGCUUAGUAUGACACCUCUCUCUGUGUAGCCCUGGGUGUCUUUUGUCUGUCUGUAAUGGGCUCCUCAGUGCUCCCCCCCCCCCCUGUUCUCUGCACAAUGGGAGGCUAUCUGAGAGCCUCCGCCUGUUUGUGUGUGUGUGUGUGUGUGCGUGUGUGCGCGUGUGCGUGUGUGUGUGGAGGCCAUGCAGCAGAAGGAUGGGAGGACAUUAUUUAGUCACACUGAUUGUUCCUCCACCAGGGGUCAAUAAAGGGCAAAGGUCAACGGUCCAGCACUCCUGUGUUCAGUGUUAAUGGAGAUGAUGACCAUUAUUACCUAUUACAGUUUUUCUCCAUUGGUUUGGCUCAUUUCUUGAAACAGAAAUUACAUUCUCAAAACUCUAAGAUCAUUUGGCAAAACAGUCUUACAGUUCAGCACAACACUAUAGCUCACUUGCAAAAGCUCAUAUCUCUCCUAAAACUGUUCACUCAUGCUUCAAAACUAAAUUCCUUUCCCAUAUAAGGAGUCAGUGCCACGAAAAUGGCAAAGAUCCUUCUCAAUUGCUUUGGCUCAUUUCUUGAAACAGACCGGACGUUCUCAACACUCUUGGUGCUUUAGCCAAAAUAACGUGGAUGGUUCGGCACAACACCAUGGUUCACCUGCAAAAGCUCAUACCUCUCCCAAAACAGUUCACGCAUGUGUCAAAACUAAAUUUCCUUCUCAUUUAAACAGUCAGUGCCCCCAAAAUGCUUCGUCCCUUUGGCAUUGUGUAAGCACUGCAAGUCAAAAUGUUUAGAUGUUUUGUCACUAUGGCAGAGGACCAUUGAAAUAUCCCUCAUGUCCACCUUUCAGUCUUAGCCCAGUCCUUCAUUGACAAUGGUUACUGUACUGUUUUUUGUCUAGCUAACAGAAUACAAUUGUGUAUAAAACUGAAAAAAAUAAAUAGGAUUUUAGGGUAAGAGUAGCCUCCAAGGUUUGACAUCACACAUUGCACUCAUACUGCCAAGGAAAUUGUAACCAUUAUCAUUCACACACAUAAAGUAACUUCCAUACAUCAGAGUAAAAAGAAAAUGUAUACAGCAUAAUAUACUGUAAUAUAAACACACAAACAAAAAACAAUGAAAAUUAUAUGCAGCCUACAGUGCUGUAAAUAAAGCUGGAGUUUCACAACUAACAGUUCUUCACUGGUCGCUGUCCUCACCCUCCUGGCCAUCCACACGCUGCUGUCUGUCUGGCCACAGAUUCUCGUCCACAUCACAGCGUAUAUUCUCCCUUGCGAUGCAACGAGGGAAGAAACGGCGUGCAUGUCGCAACCAUCCCCUACACUGAUCUCCUGUAAUAUCCUCACACGCAGCGUCCAUUGCAUGGAGCAGGGACCUCUGAUCUUGAGCCCGAUGCUCAUACACUCUCCACCUCCAAGCGGAGAAAUACUCCUCAAUAGGAUUGAGGAAAGGAGAGUAAGGUGGUAGGAACACCAUGACCAUCCUUGGAUGAGUAGUGAACCAGGCCCUGAUGAGCGGGCCACGGUGGAAAUUCACAUUGUCCCAUACAAUGACAUAUUGUGGUAGGUGAGGCCCUACGAGACCGCUCUCAUUUUCAGGGAUCAAAUCAACAUGAAGGCGGUCCAAGAAGAUGAGGAGCUUCUGUGUAUUGUAUGGGCCAAGACUGGGGAUGUGAGUGGCCACACCAUUCUCCGAUAUGGCAGCACACAUAGUUAUAUUGCCCCCUCGCUGGCCUGGGACAUCCACCAUGGCCCGGUGGCCAAUAAUAUUACGGCCACGUCUUCGGCCCUUGGCCAGGUUGAAGCCAGCUUCAUCCACAAACACGAGGAUGUGAUGGGUCUCGUUUCCUUCCAAUGCCAUUAUUCUCUACAAUAGCGUAAAAAAAGAAAACAUCAAAUCAGUCAUACAGAAGAGUCAUACACUACAGUUACAGACAAUUACAUAGGAAUGUUCUAUGUUCUCCACAAGUUCAAUAUACUACUGGCCACUACUCCAGUGGUUCCAAACCUGGGGUACAUGUACCCCUAUGCAGAGGUACUACAGGGGGUAUUUGACAGAAAGGGGAGGGGGGAAAUCAUCAAUGACUAGACUUACUGAAAUGUUACAGUAAAACCCACAGUAUUAGAUAGAUUUACAUGGGAGGCACUAAUUGCAGCUCUUUGACCCCUUUUCUUAUUGUAUGUUAUAUUCUUCAAAAUAAGGAUUAUAAUGAUAAUUGCAUCAUACAGUAAGCUGCAGUUUUUAGGCGAAAUGUUGAAGUCAGAUAAAUCAAAUACUUCCAUACCUGGAUUACCUGGAUACACAAAUCAGGUAAAGUGGGUACUGAAGCCAAAAAAGUUUGGGAACCACUGCUUAAUUGUAAAAAUGUUAUAAUGAUGGACAACCAGUAACUGACUUACAUGUACAUACUGGUACCGCAGCUCUUUCACUCUAUCAGAGUUCCUCUCAAAUGGUACCCUGUAAAUUUGCUUCAUUGUCAUCUGAUGCUUCUUCAAUAUCCGGUCUAUUGUGGAGAUGCUUAUAGAGUUGACAUUUUGGAAUAUGGCAUUGUCUUGUAGGAUUGCAGCGCGGAUCUGUCUCAAUGUGAUGGCAUUAUUUGCCAUCACCAUGUUACAGAUCUCUUGUUCUUGUUGUUCAUUGAGAAGAUUUCCUCUGCCACCUGUGCAAGGUUGUCGUCCAAUCCUAGAUAUAGAAGUCAAAGGACAACACUCCAUUCGUAAUGUAUACCUUAUGUAUUCCUUACAGAAUGAGUUACCUAUGUAAUUGUAUUGUUGUUUUACUUACAGUAACUUUACCACAAUUCUAAUGCAUCACUGCACAGUGACUGGAAUACUACUGUAAACUGUAUCAUCAAUACUGUAGAAAAUAAACUAUUCCAUAGUUUAUUUUCUCCAAUGUUUUUCUUGUCAUUUUUAGUAUCAUAACAUCCCAUUGAGGUAAGAUAUUACUGUAGGCCUAUCACACACACACACUAAAUGAAUAGGUAAAUAUGUAAAUAAAUAUAUUUCUUGCUCUAUGCACAGUGUCCUGUCCUAUACAACAUAUAAUUCCAUCAUUGACUGACUACAUACCUGUUUUCCCUGCGAAAGGUUUGGAUGAUGGAGGAGACUGUUGAGCGAGGCACAUUAGGCUGCACUCGGCGACCUGCCUCCGCCAUUGUGAGGCCAUGGUUGAUGACAUGGUCUAUAAUUGUGGCCCGAAUUUCAUCCGGGACAGCAUGGUGUCUUCGUGCUCCUCGGCCUCUUCCCCCUAUUCCACCACCACGCACCCUUACUCCUCCUCCUCCUCUUCUUCUUCCUCUUCCUCGAGCAGGCAGUUGCCCUUGUUCAUUUACUUGGCCAGGUGCCUCCAUGUUCAGAAAUUGUACUGGUCCUGCAUGGUCAAGCUCUUUACAUACAUGUUUGGCAGCAUUCACAGUCAUGGACAGCACCUGUCAGGUAACUAAACAUACUGUUUGAUUGGUCAUCUGAGAUGUGUGAAACUCCUCCUUCGUUAGUCAAGUUCUAGUUUCACCUGACUGUCAAUUGCUGUAAUAAAUUUAUCAAAUGUUCCAAGGGAUUCAUAUAUGGUAUUCAUGGUAUUAUGUUCUUGACUAAUUUUGACAAUUGAACAGACUAUUGUGCAUGUGAUGACUUAUACAAUGAAAUGACGCUGACACGUUUUGGAGCGAACAACCAUUAGACUGAGAAUCAACAAUCAGUUUAGAUCAACAAGAUCUAUUCACUUGGAAAUUGUGCUAAAUGUAGGCUACCUGUACUUAAUCAUUUGCAAAGAUGUACUGAGACAUUGAGACAUGUACUUAGACAUUUGCAAUUUGAUGAAAUGAAUGAGAAAUUCAAUUCUGUUGUGAACAAUUGCCAAGUGGUUUGGAGGUUUGUCCAUGUAGUUUUGAGAAUGUAAUUUCUGUUUCAAGAAAUGAGCCAAACCAAUGGAGAAAAACUGUAAUACACUCUUGGAAAAAAAGUUGUUAUCUAGAACCUUAAAGGGUUCUUCUGCUGUCCCCAUAGGGGAAUCAUUUGAAGAACCAUUUUUAAUUGCAGGUAGAACCCUUUUGGGUUCCAUGUAGAACCCUCUGUAGAAUGGGUUCUACCUGGAACCAAAAAGGGUUUUCCUAUCUCUCUCUCUCUCUCUCUCUCUCUCUCUCUCUCUCUCUCUCUCUCUCUCUCUCUCUCUCUCUCUCUCUCUCUCUCUCUCUCUCUCUCUCUCUCUAUCUCUCUCUCUCAGAUCCUGCCAUAGUGAAUGGGGUGUAUUGGUCAGAGGCCUUGAAUAAAGUGUUUGUGGAUAACUUUGAAAAAGAUCCGUCCCUGAUAUGGCAGUACUUUGGAAGUGCCAAGGGCUUCUUUAGGCAGUAUCCCGGUGAGUUGUGUGUGCAUGCAUGUGUCUUACUCUGUGCGUAUGUGAGAGUGGGGGAGGGGCAGGAAGCAGGAAGCAGUCACUGUACGAAAUGGGGGGAAAUGAAAUGGAAUCACUCAAAGGGUGAUUUUGCUAAUGUUGUAAUUUUACAGACCAUCAUAGAGGAUGCAUAUGACAAAUUAAUCAGAAUGUGAGCUGCCACUGUGAGUCCAGCUCCUGCAGCAGCACACUGCAAGACAGUCCAGAGCUAAGGCAGAGCUAUGGGAUAAUUACAGCACCAUCAGAAAGUGACUGUCAGACAGCGACCGUCAGACAGUGACCAUUAGACAGUGACCAACAGACAGUGACCGUCAGACAGUGACCAUCAGACAGUGACCGUGCUGACUGCAGUACUAUAACUAACUAUAACACCACAGAUACAUGUAUGGGAAAUUAGAGGUGAUACAGAAAGUGUUAAUUCAUAUAUAAAGCCCUUCAUCAAAUUCCCUUCUCAUUGCAGUCAUAUCAUUUAAAGUCAUCAAAGUGCCCUGCCUGACUGUGUGUGGAUAAUGUUGUGCAUUAGUUUCUAUGAGUCUAGUGUAUUGUUAACGUAUAGGACAUAUAGCGUAGCACUGUGCCCUUCACGGAUGUGACAUCAUUAGACUCCACUCUCCUUUCAAUUUCUAUUGAGAUACACAUAGCAAUGAAAGACAGACCUGCGGAUUGAACCCCCAUUUCUAGAGGCUUGUAUAGUCUGUAGUUGGCUCCGGAACGUCCUUCCACUCUGUAUGACUGUGUGACGUAAUGCUCUGUGUAUCUAGCUAAGUGUCUCUCUCCUCAUGGUUCCAGGGGUCAAAUGGCAUCCAGACGAACACGGGGUCAUUGCCUUCGACUGCAGGAACAGGAAAUGGUAUGCUUUUUCACAAUAGGUCAGCGUUAGCCAAUAAGGAAAUAGCUUUUCUUCUUGCUGUGUAACCUACAAUAACAUGCAUUACUUGUUUGUGCAGCGUACAUUAUGGCAAAAUCUUGAUCCCUGUCAAGUAUUUUGUUCAUGUGUUGUGUGUUGCUUUAGCUCUGCAUUGAUUCCAGUCAGUGUUUUCUGCAUUGAGGUCCUAGGUUGGGCAACAUGUUUUGUGUUGUUAUGCCACACUCUAUAUACCCUCAUUUAAUGAAUAGAUAGAUAGAUAGAUAGAUAGAUAGAUAGAUAGAUAGAUAGAUAGAUAGAUAGAUAGAUAGAUAGAUAGAUAGAUAGAUAGAUAGAUAGAUAGAUAGAUAGAUAGAUAGAUAGAUAGAUAGAUAGAUAGAUAGAUAGAUAGAUAGAUAGAUAGAUAGAUAGAUAGAUAGAUAGAUAGAUAGAUAGAUAGAUAGAUAGAUAGAUAGAUAGAUAGAUAGAUAGAUAGAUAGAUAGAUAGAUAGAUAGAUAGAACUGACUUUCUGGUUAGUGUGUGUAUACUUGUGUUGUUGUGUCAUCCCUCCAUGGUCAGGUACAUCCAGGCAGCAACGUCUCCUAAAGACGUGGUGAUUCUAGUGGACGUGAGUGGCAGUAUGAAGGGCCUGAGACUGACCAUCGCCAGACAGACUGUCUCCUCUAUACUGGACACACUGGGAGAUGACGAUUUCUUCAACAUCAUCGCUGUCAGUCUGAUUGAACUGAUCUGUGUGUGUGUGUGUGUGUGCUGGAGUGGGGUUGUG